CCUCUUUUAUUCACUGCAAUUUUCAGUAUUUUCUCACAAUGGCACAGGGUCUCGGAAAGAAGAAGCUGGUGGUGAAGGCCAAGAAGACGAGCAAGCCGGCCAAACAGCACGAGUCCAAGUCGGCCGCGCCCAUUCGCAAAGGUCGCGUAGCACUGCAGAAGCACGCAAAGGCCAACAUGACCGCCAGCCUGGAGCAGGCCAUGUCGGUCAAGGCCGGCGCUCUGGGCAAGCUCACAAUCAUGAAGGAGGCUCAGGACCUCGGCAAGAAGAAGGAGCCCAAGCGGAGAAAGUACUAGGCGCGUUUUCGUUGUACUCCAUGGGAAAAAUAUAUAGAUGUAACUAUCAGCCUUA